ACGAUUCCUUCAAGCAUCGCGCCAAUGUGUGCGUGUCGAAACAGUGAGAUCAAACGAGCCGCGAGUCACGCUCCGACACAAGGACGGAGCGUCAUGAGCCGCAACAUCAGCCCGCGUUCACGACAGAGACCGCCGCGCCCGGAGAACCGAGUCAGCGUUCCAGCGGUUAUGUGGAGGAUCUGAGAUGAGAAGGUUUCUUUGGGAGGCACGUGGCGCUGAGGCAUGUCUUUAAGAGAGUCUCCUUUCCCCAAUUUCUUCCUGGAAGGUCUCCAUGCCGUAGGAUGGGGUCUGAUCUUCCCUUGUUUCUGGUUCCUGGACCGUGUCCUCGCCGUCUGCAUCUCCACCAGUCUGGAGCGCAUGUUGCGGCGCGAGAUGGAGUGCUACCUCCACCCGCUUCAGGUCGUCUUCGGCUCCGUCCUCUUCUUCAUCCUGUUCGUGAUCUCCACGCCGUUCGCCCUUCUGGGGUUCGUGCUGUGGGCGCCGCUGCAGGCCGUACGCCGGCCGUUCGCGUAUCACCAUCAAGAGCAGAUCAUUCCCAUGGAGGAUCGUAAUGAUAGAUGGGAAGAAACAGGGAAAGUCAGUUUCGGGUUUUUGACAGGAAACUUGUGCAUGCUUCCCGAUGGCGUUGCACGCUUCAACAACAUCGGGCACACGCAAAACCGCGCGGCGUACAUCGGGAAAAGCAUCGUGCAGGGUGUUACACGCCCUCACAUCUGUAUCUUUGUCGAUUCUCCCAGCAGCUGUAGCACCAUUACGCCAUCCAGCAGUUUGAUCCCGCAACCGCCGCCAUCCUCGUACGGAUCCAUAGACGUAUCCGCGACAAAUCCCUUGGAACAUAUUCAUGAAACCGACGACCUUUCCAAAACCAACUGCGUUCAGAACUGCAAGGAUCCGCCUCGGAGGCUCUUCCGGGACGCAGAUGUGCCGGUGGAAGUGUCCGCUCUGUUCCCGUCCUCCGUCGACGUUAUGUGUUUCCAGGAGGUUUUCGAUAAGCGAGCUGCUAUGAAGCUCACACGGGCUCUUGGUCCGCUCUACGGACACAUCCUCUACGACGUCGGCGUCUACGCCUGCCAGCCGGCUGGAACGUGCUCGUCUUUUAAGUUUUUUAACAGCGGUUUGUUCCUGGCUAGUCGUUAUCCCGUGAUAGAGGCGGAGUAUCACUGCUUUCCCAACGGACGAGGAGAAGAUGCUCUGGCUGCCAAAGGACUGCUCACUGUAAAGGUGGAUAUCGGGUUACGAAAAGGAGAGAAGAAAAUGGUCGGGUAUAUUAACUGCACUCACCUCCACGCUCCUGAAGGGGAUGGAGCCAUUCGCUUCGAGCAGCUGAACAUGGUGACCAAAUGGAUCAAUGAGUUCCAGGCAGUGACCAGACAAGAAGAUGAGAUGGUGAUGUUUGAUGUGCUCUGUGGAGACUUUAACUUUGACAACUGCUCUCCUGGGGACGGGUUGGAGCAAAGCCACCGUGUGUUUGAGGACUAUACGGAUCCCUGCAGAGCCGGAGCCGGGAGAGAGAAGCCCUGGGUCAUCGGAACCGUGUUGGAGCAGUCGAGGCUCUACGAUGAGAACGUGAGGACACCAGACAGCCUUCAGCGGACUCUGGAGACUGAAGACCUGCGUAAGGACUAUAUUUGUCCUCCGAGGACGGUCGAAGGUGUUCCUCUGGUCUGUCCUGAGCCUGAUGAGCCCUGGACGGGACGCCGAAUCGAUUACCUCCUGUAUCGAGAGAGCUCAGUCUCCAGUCACGGCAAAACUGAGCUGGAGGAGUUGAUGUACGUCACACAGCUGGCUGGACUGACCGAUCACGUUCCUCUGGCCUUCAGACUCGGUGUGUCUCUGGAUCCACCGCCGGCGGACACCAGACUGAACACACUUUAGCACGCAGUAGCUAUCUGUCAGAAAGGCACCAAAUGCUUUCAGUGCUAGUUCUUCCUCACCUCCACUCCUUCCAAAGCUGACAGAAGAGAGUUAAAAAAUGCUUGAGAAACACCAAAUAUCAGUGUAUGAUCGAAGCAAUAGUUCUGACACUGUUUUCUAUGCAUACAAAGCAUCCAGCUUUCACACACAUGCAAUGCAUUCUGUUGUUGUUUUAUGGUUUUUUUUCCAUGACAGCACAGACAUGGUUUUGCAAAUGUAUUUUAAUAAAAGCGUAGAAUGUU